CAGAGCAAGACUCCGUCCCCAAAAAAGAGAAAGUAUCACAUAAAAGAAAGAACGCUGGCCUGAGGUAGCUCUGGGCUGAGAUUCUAGCUAGUAGCUGUGUUAUCCUUAGGAAGGCCUAGUUUCCUCAUCUGUAGAAAUAGCACUACUGGAUCAAAUAAUUGGGUGGAUUAAUGUGUGCCACACACUGAGAUAGAGGUGUCAUCUCUCUCCAUCUGUCCAUUCACCUCAGUGUUGAAAGUUGAAAUAGAUUGAAUGAAAAUCACAAAAAGGGUAUGGGAUCCUGUAUUUGUUCUAUUAAGAGGUGGCAUAAUCCUUGGCAAAUAAAGAUGGACCCCGCCCCCUGUCCCCCGAAAAGAAUUAGAACACGGUCACAUAGCAGUUCUUCUUCUGGGGUUGUGUCUGACUGAAGCACCUGCCCAAAUAUAAGGAUGUUUGUUGCAUUACUAUUUGAAGAGCAAACUUAUCUAAAUUAUCUGAAUGUCCACACGCUGGAAUGAAGCAAGCCUCUGUGUGCUGACUUGGACAUCUUCCCAUAAUAUUUGCUUUCUGGAACUAAAAAAAUAUAUAAAUAACAUAUCUAUAUUUGGGAUCUUAAACCUGCAUAGUAAGAACUGCUGGUGGAUCUUAGUUUUAUCUGAAAGUUUCCACAUAAGUUGUGAGCACCAAUGCCCAUCUCAACCACUUGGUUGCCCUCCUCAACCAGUUUGGCUGAUCCAAUGCCAGUGCCCAGCUCCUGCUGCAGGCAUCACCACGCGACCCUGAUCUGGCCGACCCUGUGCGCAGGGAAGUCUACCGGGGUGGGAGGACGGCUUCCGGGAAAAUUGUUCUUUCCUAAUGAAAGGGAACUGAUGCGGUUGGAGCGGCCCUUGCUCCCCAUCUUCAACGGGGGCCAGGUGUUCAGAACGGCAGUGACAUUUUGUGCCCACAGGAUGCCAAGCAAGGGGCACAAUCCAGCAGACCAAGGAUGACAGAGACGAGACAGAGAGGGGCCCCAGCAGAACCACGAACAGCCGAAUGAACGAAUGGCAGCCGCCACCUCCUAGUGCACUCGUGGCCUGUGAGGAAAUAAACCCCCACGUGUAAAUUGCUCCAGGUGCUCUAUUACCUGCAGCUGAACACAUUCUAACUGACAUAACUGUCAGGGGGAGAAACCUUCAGAGAAAUGUGCAUGUUCUACUGUUUCGUCAAAUGAGAUUAUGUACGAUUGCACAAUAGUUGUGUGCACGUUGAAAGGCUGGAAGGGCGAUAACAGGUAACAAAGUACUGAGCACCUACUAUACCAGGCACAUCUCAUUGCAGCCACUCUGUAAGGUGGAUGCUUCAUGUCUCAACUCAUUUAAGAGUGAGACCACUGAGGUUCCAAGGGGUUUCAUAACUUUCCCAAAUCGUGCAACCAACAGACAGCUAGCUUGGGACUCAGAGCCAGGCCUGGCCGGCCCUGGAGAAAGUGCUUCCACCGCCAUAUGCACCCGGCCAGGGCCCACUGGCUGCUCAGACCCACCAGCCCUAGGAGCAGUGAUUUCUGGAGAGUGGCGUGGGAGGAUGGGCUGGUGGUGAGGAGGUUUUUCUUUAUCCACUUCUUUAGUGUUUUCUUUAUAAUAAGCAAUUUUUGUUACAAAAGUGGACAUCCAGAGAUACUGACAAAAUAACACUGGUGCCAGGAACUGUGCUAGGAAUAGAAUAGUUUUCUUCCAGAUCUGGAUCUCUGCUGUGGAUAUCCACCGGUCAUACAUGCUUAUUGGAAAUAAAAAGCAUCCUUUCCAAACUUAUUCCAAACCCUGGCUAAAGGGAUUCUGGGGUUGCCAUUACGUUACUAUGUGACCUAUGUCCCAGAUAAGGAACCUGCCAAUCUGCCACCUCUGCCCUCGGGAGAGCCAGGCUCUGCAGUCACCAUAUGUGAAUAAUCCUUUGGAGCCUGGAAUAAGAGGGUUUUAUGCGUCAUUUUCUUAUCAACGGGGUUUCUCACCUCCCACCUGUGCCUGAAUGGCGGCUUCUUGGUGUCCUGAAAGGGGGUGUUCAGCAGGAGAAGCAGCUCCUUGUCUCUACGCUAUUUACAGACUGCUGCGGCUCCCUGGCAGCUGCCACAGUCCCCGAGGCCAGAGGGAGUUCCUUGAGGGCCCCAGCAGUUGUCUGAGUCAUGUGUUUUGGGCCCUGUUCCUUAGAGGUCCUGGCAGGACCAGCACAGAUUUCUUACCAGCUUCCACACUGCGGAGCCGCAGCCCUCAGAGGUAAGCAAGGUUUCCUGCCGGCAGAAAAGGAUUUGUAGCCUUCCAGCCACAAUGACGGACAGAAGCCCCUUCGAAACCGACAUGCUCACCCUGACCCGCUACGUUAUGGAAAAGGGGCGUCAGGCCAAAGGGACCGGGGAGCUCACCCAGCUGCUGAACUCCAUGCUGACAGCCAUCAAAGCCAUCUCCUCGGCCGUGCGCAAGGCCGGCCUGGCCCACCUGUAUGGAAUUGCAGGAAGCGUGAACGUGACGGGAGAUGAGGUGAAGAAACUGGACGUGCUAUCCAAUUCCCUGGUGAUCAACAUGCUCCAAUCCUCCUACAGCACCUGUGUCCUGGUCUCAGAAGAGAAUAAGGACGCUAUCAUCACCGCCAAGGAGAAGAGGGGGAAAUACGUGGUCUGCUUUGACCCACUGGAUGGAUCUUCCAAUAUUGACUGCCUGGCCUCCAUCGGAACCAUCUUUGCCAUCUACAGAAAGACCUCCGAGGAUGAGCCUUCUGAAAAGGAUGCCCUGCAGUGUGGCCGUAGUAUUGUGGCCGCAGGUUACGCACUGUACGGCAGUGCAACCCUGGUGGCUCUCUCCACAGGGCAAGGCGUGGACCUCUUCAUGCUUGACCCGGCUCUUGGUGAAUUUGUUCUGGUGGAAAAAGAUGUCAAGAUUAAGAAGAAAGGAAAGAUUUACAGCCUGAAUGAGGGCUAUGCCAAGUAUUUUGAUGCGGCCACCACUGAAUAUGUGCAGAAAAAGAAAUUCCCUGAGGAUGGCAGUGCUCCCUAUGGGGCCAGGUAUGUGGGCUCCAUGGUGGCUGAUGUGCACCGCACUCUGGUCUAUGGAGGAAUCUUCCUGUACCCAGCCAACCAGAAGAGCCCUAAGGGCAAGCUCCGGCUCCUGUAUGAAUGCAAUCCCGUGGCCUACAUCAUUGAGCAGGCAGGAGGCUUGGCGACCACGGGGACCCAGCCUGUACUGGACGUGAAGCCCGAGGCAAUUCACCAGCGAGUCCCCCUCAUUCUGGGGUCCCCAGAAGAUGUGCAGGAAUAUCUCACCUGUGUGCAGAAAAAUCAGGCAGGCAGCUAGCGAGCUUCACCCCACAUGCCCUCCUCUCUUUGUCUUGUACCUUGUCUAAGGUCCCUAAAUGAGUGAUAAACAGAGAUGGUAGCGAUGAGUAUACAAAAGGUAAAUCCACUUAAUCACAUACAGAAGAGCAACAACAAACUGCUUGUGACAGGUUUGGAAGCCACAGGCAAUUCUGUGGUCAAUGUGAAGGACUAGAAAUAAAGACCCACAUGUGGAAA